UUCUUCACAAGUCACUUCCUUGUUUUCCUGACUGAUUCUCUCUGCCUGUUUCUCCUCAGACUGACGAUGGCUGAAGCCCAGCUGUGUGGAUUACAAGACGAGGUCACCUGCUCUGUGUGUCUGGACACCCUGAGUGACCCCGUCUCAAUCCCCUGUGGUCACAAUUUCUGUUUGAAGUGCCUCACGGACUACUGGGAUCACAGCCAAGUGUGCAGCUGUCCUCAGUGCAGACACACCUUCACCACAAGGCCUGAGCUGAACAGAAACCCUCUGCUGAAUGAAGUUGUUAAGAAAUUAAAGAAGAUGGGACUCACUCCUUCUCCACCUCAGUCUCACAAUUAUGCUGGCCCUGGAGAUGUGGAGUGUGACGCUUGUACUGGGAAGAAGUUCAGAGCGGUGAAGUCCUGUCUAACCUGUAUGGCCUCCUUCUGUCAACCUCACCUGCAGCCUCACUGUGAAAUAGCAGCCUGGAAGGGUCACAAGCUGGUUGAUCCUGAUGGAAAUCUGAAGGAGAAGCUCUGUGUGAAACAUCAGAAAAGUCUGGAAAUAUUUUGCAGAACUGAUGAGAUGUGUAUCUGCAUGAUGUGUGUGGUGACUGGACAUAAAGGUCAUGAAAUGGUUGAUCUGGAGACGGAAAGAGAAGAAAAAGAGAAACAACUGGGGGUGACACUGAGUGAAAUCAGGAGGAGACUUGAGGAGAGAGAGAAGAAACUGAAGGAGACGAGGAGGGUGAUGGAGCAGAUGAAGGCCUCUUUGGAAAGAGAAUUAGAGGAAAAUGAGAAGAGCUUCACUGAUCUGAUCCACUACAUUGAAGAAGCUCAGAAGAAACUGGUUGAGAGGAUCAGAGAACAAGAAAAGAGAGAAAUAGAGAAGGCUGAAGGAGUCAUGGAGCGACUAGAGAAGGAGAUUGAGGAGCUAAAGAAGAGAGACGCUGAGCUGAAGGAGCUUUCAGACACCAAGGACAACGUCCACUUCCUGCAGACCUUCUCAUCUCGCUGUGUCCUUCCUGCUCAUGGAGACUCGCUCAGCUUCACUGUCAUUGCUGGUUUCUCUUUUGAGGACCUGAGAAAGGAGCUGUCAGGUCUGAAAAUGAGUCUGGAGAAGAUCAGCCAGUGGGACAUCAAGACAUGGACUCCAUCAGGUCACGAAGCUCCACUUGUCACCCUACAGUCUCCUGAACCUCAGAACAGAGACGAGUUUUUACAAUACUUCUGUCCACUCACACUGGACAUCAACACGGCACACAGACUCCUCCAUCUGUCUGAAGGGAACCAGAAGGUGACAAGUGAGAGGACAAAGGCUGAAUAUCCUGAUCAUCCUGACAGAUUUGACUACUGGGAACAAGUUGUGUGCAGAGAGGCUCUGACUGGGACUCGCUGUUACUGGGAGGUGGAGUGCACUGGAGAAAGUCUGAGGAUAGGAGUCGCAUAUAAAGGACUGAGCAGGAAAGGAAACAACAGGGAGUGCCUCUUUGGAAACAAUGACACGUCUUGGGGUUUAGCCUGGUGUAAUUCUAGGUACUCUGUGCAUCACAAUAACAAGGAGACUGCACUCAGCGCCCCCUACAGCCCCAGAAUAGGUGUGUAUCUGGACUGGCCUACUGGCUCUCUGUCAUUUUAUAGCGUCUCACACACAAUGACCCUCCUGCACAGGUUCAACACCUCCUUCACUGAGCCCCCCUAUCCAGGGUUUGGGGUUGGUACUGACUGCAGUGUGACAAUCUGCCAUCUGACACCAUCUGACCACUGACCUGGGGCCUCAUGUAUAAACAGUGCAUAUGCACAAAAAUGUUGCAUAAGUCCGUUUCCACGCUUAAAUCGCGAUGUAUAAAACCUAAACAUUUCCACGGUAGCUCCAACCCUGGCGUAUGCAAGUUCUCCGCACGGUUUUGCAGACGUGCAGCACCCAGCAUCAAAGCAGUGCUACUGUUCCUGUGUGGUUACCCUUUCAUUUUUAGAUCCACAUCCCUGACGCGGCUUUAUCAAAUACACUGAAACUAAUCGCAUAUUGUUUAUUAGUUUAAUGCAUCUGAUUGUAAUAAACCUGUAACAAUAUAAUGGUCAACAGAAUGGCCAAACUAUUCCAAAUACCAUAACUGCUUUAGCGUUGUUACUCUCACUACAUCUUCUUUUUCUUCUUUCAGCUGCUCCCGUUAGGGGUUGCCACAGCAGAUCAUCUUUUUCCAUAUUACUCUCACUGCACCACUCAGAGAAUUUAUAUCACUGUAUCUGAGUGUGAAUCACAGCUCUACAGCAGCUGAUCGGAAAGAGAAUUAUCGGUAUACAGCAUCAAGCACACGCUGCCUCAGCCAUGGUAUCUAUUGAACAGCUCUCUUACGACAAACGCUUCAGAGCCUUUCCUGUACGGACCUCGCAGUUCACAAACAGUUUCAUCCCAAGAACUCUAAACAUCUCAAUCAGUCCAUCAAGUGCUCCUUGUAGAACUGUUUGUACUUAUAAGUACAAUCACCUCAAUGUAAACUUGCGAUACAGUUAUAAUAUUGCACAACCUGAGCCACUUUAUAAAGCGCGUAUUUACAUAUGAUGACAAUAUCAUUUUUAAGAUGAAAUGCAGCAAAAUAUGUUUAUUUUAUUAUACAGAUAAAACUUUAACUUCAUUUAAAUAAUUUAUAUUGUUAAUAAUUAAACAUGUGAGGACACGGUGCCACAGCGCUAGCGAGUAGCUGGCGCUCCUUUCACGUAUAGUUUCUGCCUUGCGCUGUAUUCCUGCUGGGGCUGGCACGACACUGGAUGGAUAGAAUAAUUAAACAUGUACUACGAAGAUAUUUCAAUAUUCCUUAAAGGUUUUGAAGAAUCGCCGUUCUAAGCUUACAGAUGGCUUAACGUCUAUUACAGAGCUGAUUGUGUGGCGAUUGGUUACUUGGAGAAAGAAAAGGAAGCACUGGAAUUGGAGGUUAGUACGUUUGAAAGAGACAGUACUGCUGCAAUAAAUUAUUUUAUCGAAGGUCAUGCACGGCGCAACAAGCAUCUUGCGGGGGGCAGGAACAAUCACUGUGCCACCAUGUUCCCAUGUUUAAUGACAUGCUUUAAUUCCUAUUAUCAUGUAAAUGAUAUCACAUAUACAUCUCAGUAUUUAAAUUAUUCAGAGAGCUGUAAUAUUAUGAAUGUAAUGAACUCUGUGUCCUGUCGGAGUAAGAGAAAGCCCGUUUAAGAAGCACGUAGUGAUUCACACACAUAGAGCACAUAGAAGAUCAAAUACAGAACAAAGCAUUUGACGUGCUACUUUACUUACAAUGGGAUUUGAGAAACUAGUAGAUUAAACGAUUUUAAGAUGAAGUUUAUGAUGUUCUACUUUAAUCACAAAAUAAACUACGUGAUUAAAGUGGAAAUUUCGAGAUUAAAGUUGACAUUUCGUGCUUUUUUCCCACUGUGUGCUUUUUUUUUCCUCUGUACCCUAAUAAGCUUUCAUAUGAUGCUCAGACGGUGGGCUAUGACUUGCCUCUUCACGGUGACUUUGAUAUCUGACAACUUCUUUUUUAUUUCAGGCACUGUGCGACUUUGUGAACUUGAGCUUUCAAGUUUUUCCGACACACUACAUCACUCAAUCGACUUCCUUUAGUUGUUUAUACCACUGUUUAAACCAACAAAUAGUAUGUUUUUCUUUGACUCCACUUGGUAUUUGCUGAAAUUCUUCUAUUUUCCCUCAUGCUUUUGCCAUUGUCUUUUCACAGAAUGGUGAGCUUAAGGGCUAUUUAUAUUGAUUUGCAUAUUCAAAGAAGCGUAAUUCUGGGAGGAGUCAGAGUGUGGCAGCAGGCGCGUGCACGUGCGUUACUUUUCACGCUGACUGGGAUUUAUGGACUGAAAUAACGUGGAAGUUGCCGUUCGCACAGAUUUAUGCAUUUGGAUUUUUUUGUGUGUACGAACAUUUCCGCUUUGUGCUUACGCCAUGUUAUAGUGUGAGUUCUAUGCACAGUGUUAUACAUAAGGCCCCAGUACCCUCCACUGGUCACUUGAUGUCCCCAGAAGCGUAGGUCCUCUUUUUCUUUGUACUUUGGGGUCAAAAUGGAUUUUACAGGAUGGGAGGGGAGGCAGCACCUCUGUGAGUGAAUUUGGGGAGGAAAAUGCAGGUCAAGUGUGGCUAUCAGGGUCUCCAUUAUUAUUCAGUUUGGGAUAUUAUUGGUUUUACUUUAAUCAUCUGACACACACUUUACAUGGGCACAAGUGUGUGUGGGCCUUGUAGUGGACUGGCACCCUCUCCACAGUUGGGCCCUGCCUUUUCUAUAACCAUGAAAUAGAAAAGUGGAUAAAAAAGAGAACAGAUGAUACAAAUACCAGUCUGACCAGCAGGAGUCACUGUUGAUUCACAACUACAUGUCCUUCAGGCUGACACACCAACAAAGUGUGGUUAAAAAUAAUGGCAUACAGUAAUCCCUCCUCCAUCGCGGGGGUUGCGUUCCAGAGCCACCCGCAAAAUAAGAAAAUCCGCGAAGUAGAAACCAUAUGUUUAUAUGGUUAUUUUUAGAAUGUCAUGCUUGGGUCACAGAUUUGCGCAGAAACACAGGAGGUUGUAGAGAGACAGGAACGUUAUUCAAACACUGCAAACAAACAUUUGUCUCUUUUUCAAAAGUUUAAACUGUGCUCCAUGACAAGACAGAGAUGACAGUUCUGUCUCACAAUUAAAAGAAUGCAAACAUAUUUUCCUCUUCAAAGGAGUGCCUGUCAGGAGCAGAUCAUGUCACAGAGAUAGAGAAAAGCAAACAAAUCAAUAGGGCUGUUUAACGGCUUUUAAGUAUGCGAAGCACCGCGGUACAAAGCUGUUGAAGGCGGCAGCUCACACCCCCUCUGUCAGGAGCAGACAGAGAGAGAGAGAGAGAGAGAGAGAGACAGAGUUUGUUUUUCAAGCACAAAUCAAUACGUGCCCUUCGAGCUUUUAAGUAUGCAAAGCACCGUGCAGCAUGUCGUUUCAGGAAUCAGCUUUACAAAAGAUAGCAACGUGAAGAUAAUCUUUCAGCAUUUUUAUACGAGAGUCCGUAUCGUCUAAGUGUGCGAACAGCCCCCCUGCUCAAUCCCCCUACAUCAGGAUCAGAGAAAGUCAGCGCAAGAGAAAAGUAAGCUGGGUAGCUUCUCAGCCAUCUGCCAAUAGCAUCCCUUGUAUGAAAUCAACUGGGCAAACCAACUGAGGAAGCAUGUACCAGAAGUAAAAAGACCCAUUGUCCGCAGAAACCCGCGAAGCAGCGAAAAAUCCACGAUAUAUAUUUAAAUAUGCUUACAUAUAAAAUCCGCGAUGGAGUGAAGCCGCGAAAGGCGAAGCGCGAUAUAGCAAGGGAUUACUGUAAUUGUUUAUUACAAAUUACAUAAAACUGACAUAAAAUGUGAGUAAGACUUUGGUUUCUUUUCCCAGCAUUUUUGUCUAAUAUGGCUAUGAGUACAACAGUAAGACUGCUUGUUGUUUUGGCCAAGAACAACUGCAUAAGAAUGGUAAUACCCAUGGAGUUCCUGAAUCACUGGAGUAACUUGUCAAUGAGGUCAAAAAGACUUGGAAAGAAAUAUUAGGCCACAAUACAAGAACCAAGUUUUUGGCAACAUACUGAGAACUUAAGCUCUGUUAAUGAAAUGGAUAACCUACAUAUUGUUAAGGUAAUUAAGCUGCACACUGAUUAAAUAACAACCUUUCAUUCUGUAGAAAACGUUUCACACUCAGGAAACCAUGAAAAUGAAGUCUCCCUCUCUCUCUCUCUAAAUUCUGAUGAGACAGCACUUUUAACCUGCUGAUCAACAGAAUCCAUGACAUUAAGAACAGAACAGUUGCCAAGAGAAUUCCUUAUCCCGUGCUUCUCAUAUAAAAUGGAGAUUGACUUCAGAAGGGAAUCACAGAAUACAAAAUAAAGAAGCCUAGACUGACUGUCAACUCAAGGAUGCUUUCUGGAAGUUUAGACAGAUUGACUGCAGAAAACUAUAAAAAAUACAGCUGACCCUAAAGAUGUUGACUUCUCUGAAGUAGCCGAGGCUUUCAUUAAAAAAACCCACACCCUUACCUUAUGGAGCCUGGGUGUUCCAAUGGAUACUACAGCUGGAAAUAAAGGCUCAAGUAUGAGGGACGUUCAAAAACUUUCCGCAAUUUUUUUAACUCUAUUUAUUAUGAACUUCCAAAACAAAGGACAUCUCUUUUAUUCAUAAUCACCUUCAUUUGCGAUGCAAUUUUCCCAGCGUUGUACCAAAUUUUUAAUGCCCAAUUACUACUUCUCCUACCUUCACUGUUUCCAAUGAAAAUAUAAAAGUGCAGAAACUUUUUGAGUGUCCCUCAUAUAUGAUGACUAACUACUGAACACAGCUUAGAGCAUAUGGGGCUCCAGAAGUUGUAGUUAAUUCACUCAAAGUAAAGGCUGCAGAGGAUGCCAUUCCUACAAAGAAAAUAAAAAUACCAAAGUGAGCUGAGGACAACUAUUAAUCAUGUCUUCCAGCUGGCGAGUCUCCAAAUAAAACAUGAGAAUCCCGACUUUGACAUAAGUGAAAAAAAAUAGAUAAUAGACAUAGACAUACAUUUGUAUAUCGACGAGAAGAAGUGGUGAAUCAGCAGCCCAGGGCAGAGAAGGAUAUGACCUGAUGGCCUGAUGGUUGUUUCAUGUAUAGGAGGUGUGCUUAUCUGCAUAAGUAUUAGAGGGGGAGACGUUUGAACAUUCUUUCUUUGAAUGAAACUCUGAAAUAUUGGUUCAUUAGUUUAUUUCUUUUCACACUUUAAAACACUGACCCUUUAGUAAAGUGCUGCCAUGUUUUCCUUUUCCAUCUUUGCACGUUACCUUAAAUGCUGAGAUUUUGAGGGUCAGCUCCUCUUGAAGUGAAGUUCAUGUCACAGCUAGACUGGCACACCACUGAUCUAACAGAGAUCAUCAAAAGCAAGGCAGGAGUAGUCCGAUUCAAGAAUAGCCAGAUGAUGAAGGAUCUGAAUGGGAUAGGUUUCAUUUGCCUUAUUUAGUGGAUGAAAGUGUGAUCCAGCCAUUGAUUCAUUUUAUUGCUGGUUAUUUCUGUUUGAUUUUAUUUCAUUUUUCAUUCAGGCUGUCUAAAUUAUCAUUUGAAGAGAGUUUAUUUUGAAAUCCCUCAUCAUAUACCCGGGGGAAGACAUUCACCACCUGAUUAAGGGAAAAUAGUUGUUGUCACAAUGUAUUUGAGUUCAGCAAGUAAGUAAAACAGUGACAAAAAAUGACAAAAAAGUCAGACUGAAUAGAGAUUUACUGAUUUUGACUGUGACAAGGCAAAGCAAACACACUUCAGACUGCAAUCUGGAGCACACAUACAGAAUACAUGGUAUGCCAUGAUAAACGAAUGUUGACUGAACAGAAACAUUGUGGUGAACACAACUGGCCAGAUUCAGAUGAAGACAUGGGGAUAUAAACAAGUGUUUAUGGCAAACAGAAUUAUAGAAUACUUUAAUGAUCUCUGCUCUGUGAGACUGGGUUAAGAACAUUGCAAUUUUAAAAUAGGUUGGCCCAAUAUUUAGGCCCCCCAGCUGUCAAAACAAUUUGAAUUGUUCACUUCAGAUUGAAAAAAAAUAUACUCCCUUAUAGGAGAACAUAUUGGCCUAAAUUGCAUAGAUGUUUUAUUUUUAUUGAAAAUAAUUUAACAAAACUCUGACUAAAUUACGUCUUUAGCUAUUUUUCAGUGCUUAUUCACCUUAGGUAAAAUAGGAUAGAAUUUAGUCAUAGGACUGCUUGCCUGGGAAUAAAGCAGCCCAUGAUCAAUGAACAUUAAGUCUGUUGAACUUGCAAUUAAUAAAUGCCACCAGUGGACCACCGCAGAGCCACCAGCUCUAAUAGUGGUCAGCUAGUCACUGGAGGACCGUUGAUAAACCCACUGGAUGAUUACCACUAGUGUCCUAGCAGCCACAAGCCUCUGAUGGGCUCCUAACUACCGAACAGCCAGCCGCCAACAAGUCAAUAGUGGGCCGCUGGCAGAAAACUUUGAAAAUUCGGCUUGCAGCUAAUCAAGUCAAUAUAAUUGACUGCACUCAAGUGAAACCUUACCUGAAAAACAGAGCGAUCCAAGAGCAGCAAAUAUACAAGAGCUAAUAAGCAAAUACAGGAAAGUAUUUAAAGGCUUUGGACACACCCCUGGUCAGUACAAGAUUCAUCUCUAGGAUAAUGUUGUAUACCCCAUUUCCACCCUCACUUUGAGAUGUAUGAAAACUAAAGUUGCCAUAAAGCCACGCACAUUUUCACGGCAGCCUUGUACUCAUGCGUACACAUGUUUCUGCUCGGAUUUGCAAAGUGACGGCACCCAUCGUCAAAGCACUGCUACUGUUUCUGUGUGGUUUCUCAUUCUUUUUUAGAAUAGCAUCCAUGAUGCAGGCUUUAUCAAAUACACCAAAGUUAAUUGCAUAUUAUUUACAAAUUUAAGGUACUUGAUUGGUAUCAUUCUGUAACAAUAUAACGGUACACCCAAUGGCUAAACGAUUCCAACUACUAUACUUGCUUUAGCGUUGUUACUGUUAGUGCACCACUCAGAGUAUUUUAACCCAUUUAUUGUAUUUGUGUGUGGUAUCACAGCUGCACAGGUUGUGUCGAGAGCACAGAGGCUUACAGUUUACAGCAGAGGAUGCAGUUUCUAGUCCUGGAGGAUAUUUAUACCAUGCACUGCCCCAGGAAAGCCAUCAGCAUCUGCAUGGAUUCCACUCAGCCAUGCGCACAGUCUUGUAGUACAGUGUCCAUUUUAGGACAUCCUCCUCCAUCCUUCCUACUACCUUCGACAAAAUAUUCCUCCUCCCUGCGAGGAAUCCCCAGUCACCCCUCCUCUCUCCUCCCUCCUUCCACCACCAUCCGCUCUCAGUUCUCCGCUGUCCGUUUUCCGCCAUCCACCCUCCUAUCUCCGUCAUCCGCCUUCAGCUCUCCAUCAAACCCCACACUCCCCCCGCCCCCUCAUCACAACAUUUUCGUUAAUGAAGUGACGUAAUACUUCAGCUCCACCUUCUUCACAAGUUCAUUCACCAAAUUAUUUGUCAAUUAUAUUUCACAGUAAGAAUUUACAGCACGACUCAAACGUGGGAACGAAAGUAAAUGACGUUAAUUGUUGAGUGUCUUUUAAUACUGUGUAAGCAUACAUAUUAACACAUGUGCAAUUAAACGUGUGCAUUUACGGUGUGAUUUUUCAGGCUUAAAAGCUCGCCUUUUAUUAAAAAGGUAAAUGCAAACUUUUUUCAUUCUGAAGGGCACAAACCACGCAAAAAUGUCGGUACACCAGAUAAAUAAGCGCAACGUUUUAUCAGUUGUAUUGUAUGCUUACAAUACAUAUAGAAAUGUGUUAAUCGUUAACUAAUAGUAUGGGAUGGUGUUUUUCAACUCAGCUACAGAUGUAGAUGGAAACCAGAACUGCUUUGAAAAAUACAAACGCCUUAGGAACGAUCUGGAAUAAGGUAGCACAGUGCCUUGAUUUAAACGAUUCCAUGUCUUGGUGGGUUUGCGUUGCUUGUUGUCAAUAUCUUUACACCUGUUUUUAAGGCUUAUUGACUGAAAGGGGCUUUCGUGAAAAAAGUUAGGGCUUUGCUACAGGAUACACCCUCCACAAGUUAAGGAAGUAAAAAUAAAGGUAUAUAUUUCUGU